AUCGGUGGCCCCCACUUUGGGAAAUUUGAUAUCGAACUAUUUAAAUGAUGGUCCAAUAUGGUGAAGAUUAAUUUUAGUUUCGAUAGCGAAAGGUUCAACAAACCAAAGUUAUUCCUUCUCCGCAGCAGCCAUAUUUGGAGAAAGGAUUCAACAUGAAAAGUUUUUUACUCAUUUUCGUCGUAUUCGUUGGAUGCCAUGGUCAAGGAUUCCAAGGGUACUAUUAUCCUAGACCAAGCAUUCAAUUGCAAGCUGUACCUGUCCAGACGGUAUACCGAACGCAAACUCUCACGCGGAGCAUACAAUAUCCAGUAUACCAGACACUAACUCACACCGUCCAGUAUCCAGUGUACCAAACACUUACCCAAACAGUUCAAUAUCCUGUGUAUUUCACAUCAACGGUGGUGGACAUAAGAUACAUUACCGCGCACUCCACUCUCAUUCAGUCUGUGACGCAAUAUCAAACCAGAACCGAUACCCUGGUGAUCAGACCCAGCCCAGUGACCCAGUACUCAACCAUCGUGAACACUGCCACUGUAACUAAGACUGUAGUGAGCUCUGUUCAGGAUGAUAGCCGUCCAACCAACGCGUACCUUCCUCCGGUACCGCAAGUUGACGAUGAAGCCCGCCCACCACCAACUAAUGCAUAUUUACCACCGUUCUCUGGCAAUGCUCGCAGCAGCUCUAGUGGGAUUUUAAGCUCAGACUUUGGAAGUUCAUCGGGAAGCAGUGGAAGCAGCGUUCGCACUUCACCAUUCGGAAAGCAGCCAGUAACGCUUAACUUGGGAGCUUUGCCGCCAGUGUAGCACGGCGGGAAAUUCUUGCAUACAAGUUGUAUAAACGUGGCAAGUGAGGUGAAAAUGAGUGAUUGGAUGUGUGCGAACCGUGGAAUGAUACUUAGGGUAUAAAUUAGGAUAUUAUAAUGAUUACCUGUUUUUGGGUAAUCUAUCAUUUUUACGUGCUGUUUCAAGAAAAAUGCAACAAAGAAUAAAACAAGUAAAAUUUUAUGAAUCAAUGUGAA